CAAUUUAAAAAGUUGGUAUAGCUAAAGUGAAUGUACUCAUCAAAAUGACAAAUUAAAAAGUUUUAUUUUUCUUAUAUUGGUACGAGAUUUUAUUGAUUGUUUUCUUUCAUAAGAUUUUCGGCCAGACGGCGACUGAAAUUGCAAGUUACUGUGAUAUAUUUAUUUUUCAAAACUAUUCUUAUCAAAUAAUUAAAUGAGCAGGGAUAUCGAGUUAUGUCUAUAAGUAAUGGAAGGUACAGAACUGGGUGGCGACCAGCAAUUCUGUUUGAGAUGGAACAAUUUUCAAGCGAACAUAACUUCUCAAUUCGAGGCGCUACGCGAUGAUGAGGACUUCGUGGAUGUCACCCUGGCGUGCGAGGGACACAGGCUGGAGGCCCACAAAGUGGUGCUCUCUGCUUGUAGUCCCUAUUUCAAGGAACUAUUCAAAAACAACCCGUGCCCGCACCCCAUAAUCUUCAUGCGCGACUGCGAGGUGUCGCACGUGCGCGCGCUGCUGCAGUUCAUGUACGUGGGGCAGGUGAACAUUGCGCAGGCGCAGCUGUCCGCCUUCCUGCGCACGGCCGACGCGCUGCAGAUCAGAGGGUUGACGGACUGCUCGCAACAUAAUGAUGCUAAGAAACCGAAUCGAAAGUCUCCUCCCUCCCAACUGCGUAAUUUGCUCAGCGCCAAGCCGUCUCACUCUACCUCCGCCUCCAAAGUCCCAAGCCAAAACGAGUCCAACGCCGAAGAGCCAGAGAAGAGUGGCAGCCGCCGCUCCGAGAGGAAUUCUCCCGAUGUUGCCAGAAAUAAUCUCAAUGAAGAAGCUCCUUUUCAAACGUCUAGUCAAACCAGGCCUAAUAAUGAUGACUAUAGCGAACCAACCAACUAUCCCCAUAUAAGGGUGAAAACUGAUCUCGAAGCGCCAGACAUCAAGAAUGAGGAUCCAGAGACGCUCAUGGAAGGCGCCGAUGAUAGAGACCGGUGUCCGGACUUCAACUCUGAUCUUUUUGAACCAAAAAUGGAAAUGAUGGAGCAGGAAGCGAGCGACGAAGAGAAGUCCAACUUCCCGCCGCUCUAUUACAAUGACAACAACGCGCUGGCGAAUCCGUUCGCUGCACUUCAAGGGAACGUGGUGGAUGCGAUGGGCGCAGUGGCGGAUAUGAGAGAUGACAACAUAGAAGCGGGCGCGGACGCGGCGGGCGUGCCGUGCGCGCAGUGCGGCCGCCGCUACAGCAACGCGUCCAACCUGCGCCAGCACGUGCGGCUCAUCCACGAGGCGCGCCCCGCCGCCUGCGCCGUCUGCGGCCGCUGCUUCAAGACCCCGCUGUACCUCCGCCGCCACACGCUCGCGCAGCACGCCCGGCCGCCGCCGCCGCCGCAACACCCCGACCAAAAACUCGCUCUCUUCAAGUAACAGCAUUGAACGGUCGCCGGGGACCUCUCCGCUUACGUGCCUUUAUAAUACCGAUAAUACUAGUUCCGAUUACUGAUUACUGAAUCAGCGGACCCCCGCCGCCGCUGCUCUUAGUUUUAAGUUGUCAGUGCAUUCAUUAUGGUAAACUAUGCGCGGAGUUCACAUUGAUUUGACACCAGCACAAAGUAAAUAAUUCUAAUUAAAUAAACCAUUAAGUCAUAAUGAGUAAUGAAAGGGACAUGUUGUACGGUCUCAUUGCAGUGGCGGGGGCCCGUUAGACACACUCUACAUACAUAGUACCUUCCUUUCUGACAAUAGACUGAUUGUUGUUAAGCAUUUGUUGCGACCGGUGCUGAUUUUACAUAACAUAGGUUAUUUACAGGUUACAUAAUUAUACACACAUGUUAUCCACACAGUAAUAAAGGCUGGCCUGUGCGCUGCCAGGGCUCGACUCGUAUACACACAUAUUUUGAUAAACCGCGAGCCUCUCGAUGGCAGGGCACAGGAAGUAGCGGCCAUAACAGUUUUAUUUUAUGAACCACUUCGCGACUUUUUGUGGGAAAUACAGAAAUUCGUGAAGACUACACAAUAGUGAUAUUUUUAUACACAAUAGUUUUAUCUUUACACAAAUGUUGAUUAUUGAGUGAUUGGACGGUCCCCGGUUUUAGUUUGUACAAUCGGAUGUAGGUAGACUACUGUGAGAGAUGUCGCCAUAUUUAAAUAUGCGCGAUUAUAAUAAGAUAAAGUAACGUAAUAUUAGUCGUAAACAUUAUAGUUAGGAAGCCGUCGCCAUACUCGCCACGCGGCUGUGGUGCAGUCGAUCCCGCUUUUAGAAUUAGAUUUUAUUAUUAUUGAGGAUUUUAUGACGAUUUUUAUUUUGAUUGACUGAUUAUGAGUUUUUAUUAGAUUUAAUACGAAAAUAUUUGCCAUGAUGAUGUACCAUCUAGUCAUUUACUGUAGAAGCCAGCAUUAUGAAUGGGGCAGGGAUGAGAGUAAUAUUUUUGUGGUAUGUAUAAAGGGUUGUGAAUUUGAAUAUUAGUGGGUCGCUAGUGGCUGGCGCGGGUCGCGUAGACAUUCGGUUUGAUCUCAAGUAGCUCCUCAUUGGCUUGAUCUCGCCAGGUUUGAACUUGCAUUUAUUUAUUCGAAAGUGUAUCCAUUAUCGAUAUGUCAAAUUAACAUAUUUUAGAGAUUUAUACGUAUCCACCUACAUGGGAAACCGUGUUUUAACUGUGCGUAAAUAGAGCUGAAAUUCUUAAAGCUUUCGUAGCCCACCUAUUAUAUAAAAUUAAGGAUUUUGGUAAAUUUUAAAGUAAGGUAUUUCUCUUGGGAAUAACUUAGGACUCUGCAUGCGGAGUUUAUAGAUAUUCUUUUAAAAGAAUCAUGUUUACCAUGAAAUAAUUUGUCCUCUUUACGUUAACACUGGAUUGGUGCAAGUUGAUAUCAUUUAGGUCUGUGAUACUUCCCAGGCUAUUUACCUAUUUCGUCACUGUAAAAUUAUUCAAAUACUACGCUAAAUUAUUUAAAAAAAUAUAAAUAAAAACACUUCGGCCCUCAAUUAUCUACCUACUGUAAGGCACAGAAACAUAUUUUAAUCAAAUCACUUAAUUAAGUAAAACUGCUUUGUAUUCGUAUAUAAUAAAGAUAUAAAUAAUGUAAGCAUAGUCAAAUAAUCUCUUGCCACCGCGGGUGACGUAGGGACAUUAUAAGAGGCUCAUAGAAAUUAACACUAUAAUUAUUAGCAAUACUGCUGUCCUCGGAGAGCCUAAAAGGAACGGUUAUGGGGCAAUUGUAUGACAUCAUGGUGGUGGGUGGACCUUAUGUGGACCUGUAUAACUGUACGUUUAUCUUAAUGUCGGGUGACGUCACACCCGCUAUCUGGUUCACAUUUCACACAAAGACAGAUUUCUCGAGUGUACAAAACACCAGAUUAAAACAAUGGUGCGCUAUUUCCUUGAGCCUCUUAAACUGUCGUUAGAAGUUUAUCAUUGCGAUAAUAAUGUUUAUAAAUGUAAAUUAUUUAUUAACUCAAUAACACUAUACUUGUUGUGCUGCAAUAAUGGUUCAUUAUAAUAGAUUACAAUAGUUUCUGGCAUGACAUGCCACCGAUCGCAAUAUUACUGUUCAAAUACUUUUAUAUCCUCACAGCCCGUUAAAUGAAAUAGUUGUUUUUAUACAGAUAUUUACACAAUACUAUUGCUGUUAUUUUUUGUACAGUUGCUAGAUUAGAUCCUACUUAAAUGACAGCUCUAUAAAGCAUAAUACGAAUGGUUAAUUUCGUUUGACUAAUCUUAUUUUCCUAUUUAAAUGUAAAAUGUACAACUAUGUAGCGCAGAUUAUGAAUACAAUGUAUAUGUACAUAAAGUACUGUAAUUUUUUACUAAAUACCAGAAAAUAAAAUAUUGGAAUGAAA